AUGAAAAAUAACCAAAAUUUGUCUAAAGGUCAAGGUGAUUUUGGACCGAUAAAAAAUGUAGAUGGGAAAUUUUCUCCUAAUAGAGAUUUACAGCCUCCAACAUGCUUACUUGAAAGUAGCCAAGAAUCUAGUGAAAAAUCUGGAGAUCCAUCUCAAAAAGAGAUCGACGAUGUCAUUGAACUGUUAACUGCAAGUACAAAUAUGUGCGAUAACGAUUUGAAAAGUAAUGAUUUAAAAGAAGAUGGCCAAAGAGAUAAUAAAAGCAUUGCUUCAGCAGAGGAUGUUCAUAACGAUACUGCUGCAAAAAAUGCACGAGCCAUAUUUUUAGAAUACGACAGGAAAACAAUGAUAAAUAGUCAGAGUACUUUUUCUAAACCUUUAAAUAAAUAUUAUUUGGAUUAUAAGUGUUUCACAGCACUUCCAGAUAAAAAAACUGAAAAAUCAAAUGUUAAAAAAGAUGAAAUUUGUAAAUUGGAAAAACAUAAUAUUUCUAGAACUUUUGACGAAGAAGCAACAUAUUUUAAUAGAAACACAAAAUGUCCAACAAUAUUCAGAUCAAAUGCUAUUCCUAAACUUAAUGAAAAUGUAAUGGUACCUGCUAAGAGUACAAUUGAUGGAGCAAGGCCUUUAAGUUCUUUUAUGAAAAAUACUCCACCAGCUACACCUGGAACUCGUUUGAAUGAUGAUUGGCUAAUGUUUAAUCCGGGGAAAAUAAAGGGUAAUUUAGACAUAAAAGUUAAUCAAAAUGAGGAUUCUUUAUUGUUUUAUAAAUCACCUACUGAGAAAGAAGAUUUAUCUGUUAUUGUUACUCCACGUUCACGACCAAUUAAAGAUCGUCAGCGUUUCUCUUUAGGUUGUAAUUUUGAUCCUUCGAAAACUGAAGUUUUAAAUUCUCCAACACAAGAGUUAUCGAAAAGAAAUAAUGAAUCUGUUAAAAGAGGAAAAACACCAGAACGUAUAAAAACAUUUACUAAUAAAGUUAAGGAAGACUGUAUUCCAGGAUCAACAUUACUUAUUAAAACUCACAAUAAUAGGGAACUUCUGCAUAAUGCUUCAGAUUUUCAAAAACCAUUUAAAGAAAUUGAUGUUACAAAACAUUGUUUCGUUCCAAUGAAGGUUACAGGAAAUAAGUUAGAUGAUCACAACUAUUCAAAAUCGCUUCCGCGGGAAUUAAGGAAUGGUACGGUAGAUACUUUGGAAGCAAAACGACUUUCAGAUAGCAUGCAUUUAGAACAACGUAUGAAUGAUGAAAACAAUACUAUAAAUUUUAGAACUCCCAAAUUAACAGCAUUUCAAAGGAAGUUUGUAGAUGAAUAUUGCGCCCCAAAAUUUUCUCCUGCUCCAAGAUAUUUACCUGAUGCUCCUUUGGGAAAAAUUUUGACUACAUACAAAACUGAAACAUUAAGUAUUUCUAGUGCCACUGGUACUCUUGCCUUACGUUCGGCAGCGCAAGGUAUACACGAAUUUACUCCAAUUGCGCAUUCUACCCCUUUUGCCACUCCUAAACAUUCUUUUGGACUUUUAAAAAAGAAAAAUGAAAGCAGGACAACUAUUUUGCCAAAUGAUGAUAAAAGCAAUAACAGUCAACCUUCAAAUAGUUCUAGAAGUAAAGAAUCUUUCAUGUCUGGAGCUUCACACGUACCAUCACUUAAUGCUCCAACAUAUGUGACUCAUAUAUCUGAAGAAAUGUACGUUCGUAAAUUAACAAAAUUAAAAAAUCUUAUCAAGCAAGCAAAUAGUGUAGUCAAUGAUGCAAAAAAGGUGGUGCAAGAAUUUGCAAAGAAAUCAAAUUUCAAUGGUACAGAUUCCGAGUUACUUGCAAAUAGACAAAUUUUGGUUGGACAAAUAAGAAUUGAUUCCUUAAGAAUUGAGUAUGAAAGAACAAAAACACUUAUGAAUAUGAAUACUUCAUUUCCACGUGUCUUUCCAAGUUUAUUGUCUACUUAUACACUAAACGAUAUUAAACUUGAAUUAAAUAGAUUAUUUUGUUUUAAAAAGACACAACCAGAUACUUCGUACGCUUUUUGUAUUGUAUUUAAAUGUGCUAACAAUGUUAUUGGAACACAAAUAAAAACUGUUGAAGAUCUUGGUAGUGUUCGCCUUAGACAGGUUAAAUUUUGUGACGUUAUUAAAUUUUCUAAACUACCCACUGACUUUAUUGCAGUUGUUGAAGUAUACGCAAUGAAAAUUGGGCAAAGAGAACGUACAAGGUUAUCACGUUUUAAGCGAAGUGUUAAGGAUUUUGCUGUUUCGGUUUUUAAGAAUUCAGCUAAACGUCCACCUUUAGCACCAAUUGAUGAAAAUGGAUCAAUUAACAACAACGAUUCAUUACAUCCAUCGAAUCAAGUUUGUUUUGAUGAUUUUACAUUAUGUGGUUUAUUAAGGCUUAAUAGAGAUACAAUUGGAUGUCAAAGAUUUUAUUUAGAUGAAGCUAAGUUUCCUUUGGAAGGGACUAUUUCUUUGAAUACUGAAUGUUCUUCUCUACCACAACAAAUUGAAAUGGCGUAUUCAGGAUAUCUUUCUGUUUAUAAUGCUGAGGAUUUUUCAAGAGAACCACUAAAAUUAUGGACUAUUGUAAAAAGAUCAAUAAUUAAGUUUUGGAGUAACUGCGAAGAGGAAUUUCAAGGAAAAGCUCCAACAUCUAUUAUUGAUAUGGCAAAAAUAACAUCACCUAAACUGGAAAAAAUUAAAGAGGGAGAAUUUGGUUUUAAAGAAAAUUCUUUUUAUAUUGAUGUUCUGUGUGAGCCUUCAACUACAAGCUAUGUUUAUCAACAAAAAAGAAUCUAUUUCACAACAGAAUGUCCAAUGGAUUGUGAGAAUUGGUUGAAAUACCUUAAUGAAGUAAUAAAGUUACUUCGUUCUGGUCCUGAAGAACAAACAGGAAUAUUAUCAUAA